GAGCGACGGAUGGUGUUGAGGAUGAUAAAAGAAUGAACAAAGGUGGAAAAAAGGGGGGAAUAAUGCGAGAAAAAGGAACAAAUGAAAGAGCCUGCAAGAAAACAAGGGAACUAGAUCAGAAAAACUUAUAUGAAGACCUUGCAACACGAUAUAAUAAUGAUGAAAAUAUCAUAGAUGAAUUAACAACUAGAAAAUAA